AGUAUAGUUAAACAAUAAAAAAGAGAAUAAUAGACACCAAAAUCCCCAAAUCCCAAACCCUUGUACGCGAAGAAAUUCGCCUGAAACCCUAAGAAUAAGAAGCCCUCUUCGAUCAUCGGCUAAUGAGAAGCUCGGAAACAACAUUUCCGCCACUCUGCUGUGGUUUACCGCUCUGAUUCCCUUUUGCGGCAAUUCAUUUCAAACCCAGCAGCUUGAUUACUCAUACAGAAAGCUGAAACAAUGUCUCUGCCGCCGCUGGAGUGUGUACAUGUGACGGAGGACGCCGUUAAAGAAUUGAAGAAUCCGAAUUCGAAUUUCAAAUUUGAUUCUCCAGCUCAUAUUCUCCGAUUUCUCUACGAACUAUGCUACACCAUGGUCCGAGGGGACCUGCCGUAUCAGAAAUGUAAAGUGGCGUUGGAGGCGGUGGAAUUUUCAGAUAGUGAUCUGGAAGGGGAUGUGGGAUCAUAUUUUGCUGAUAUUGUUUCCCAGAUGGCUCAAGACCUCACCAAACCUGGUGAAUACCGCUCCCGUCUUAUCAAACUGGCAAAAUGGCUGGUGGACUCUGCGCUGGUUCCAUUGAGAUUUUUCCAGGAGCGUUGUGAUGAAGAUUUUUUGUGGGAGUGUGAAAUGAUUAAAAUAAAGGCUGCAGAUUUGAAGUCGAAGGAGGUCCGGGUCAACACACGACUUCUUUAUCAACAAACUAAAUUUAACUUGCUUCGUGAAGAAAGUGAAGGCUACGCCAAACUGGUCACCCUCCUCUGUCAAGUUCCAGAAGUAUCGACUGAAAAUCAAUCAGCUGCAACAGUUGGCAUAAUUAAGUCUUUAAUCGGCCACUUUGAUCUUGACCCUAAUCGCGUUUUUGAUAUUGUGUUGGAAUGUUUUGAGCUUCAGCUUGAUAACAGUGUUUUCUUGGACCUGAUUCCAAUAUUUCCCAAGUCCCAUGCUUCACAAAUUCUUGGAUUCAAGUUCCAGUAUUUUCAGCGCAAUGAAGUCAACGCUCCUGUACCGACAGGGCUUUAUCAGCUAACAGCUUUGAUGGUGAAGAAAGAGUUCAUUGAUGUUGAUAGCAUAUAUCCACAUUUACUUCCAAAAGACGAAGAUGCAUUUGAGCAGUAUACUGCCUUUUCAGCUAAGAGGCUUGACGAGGCCAAUAAAAUUGGGAAAAUAAAUCUAGCUGCCACCGGAAAGGAUCUCAUGGAUGACGAGAAACAAGGAGAUGUAACUGUAGAUCUUUUUACUGCUCUUGACUUGGAAACAAUGGCUGUUGGUGAAAGAUCACCAGAUCUUGCUAAUAAUCAACCUCUAGGCUUACUGAUGGGCUUCCUUGCUGUGGAUGACUGGUUUCAUGCUCAUCAACUGUUGGAGCGCCUUUCCCUUCUUAAUUCCAUGGAGUAUGUGCAAAUUAGUCGUGGAUUGUUUAGACUCAUUGAAAAAACAAUAUUACCAGCUUACAAAUUAGUAUGUCAAACACAACUUUCAACCGCUGGCACUUCUUCUGCUUCUAGUGCUGAUUCGAAUCUCGGAAGUUCAAAUAGACCAUUCAUCAAUUUGCCAAAAGAACUAUUUGAAAUGCUUGCUUCUGCUGGACCCUAUCUCUACCGUGAUGCUUUGUUACUGCAGAAGAUAUCCAGAGUGCUCAGAGGUUAUUACAUGUGUGCACUGGAUCUUGUUAAUGAUGAUGGGGCAUUUGGUUCCCAUUCUGUUACGGAGAGAAUUCAAAAUCCUCGCCUUCACCUGAAGGAUGCAAGAUUGAGAAUCGAUGAAGCACUUGGAAUGUGCCUGCUUCCUUCUCUGCAGUUGAUACCUGCAAAUCCUGCAGUUGGUCAGGAGAUAUGGGAACUUUUAAGUCUCCUGCCUUACGAGGUGCGCUAUCGUUUAUACGGCGAAUGGGAAAAAGAUGAUGAACGAUUUCCCAUGAUUUUGGCAGCCAGGCAAACCGCAAGGUUGGAUACUCGAAGAAUUUUAAAACGCCUUGCUAAGGAAAAUCUUAAGCAGCUUGGAAGAAUGGUUGCUAAAUUGGCUCAUGCCAAUCCAAUGACAGUUCUUCGAACAAUUGUUCAUCAGAUAGAGGCUUACAGGGAUAUGAUCACUCCAGUUGUCGAUGCAUUUAAGUACUUGACUCAGCUCGAGUAUGAUAUAUUAGAGUAUGUUGUGAUUGAACGCUUGGCUCAAGGUGGACGUGAAAAGCUAAAAGAUGAUGGCCUCAAUUUGUCGGAUUGGCUCCAAUCGCUGGCGUCAUUUUGGGGUCACUUGUGUAAAAAGUAUCCGUCGAUGGAGCUCAGGGGCCUUUUCCAAUAUCUUGUCAAUCAGUUGAAAAGGGGCAAUGGGAUUGAGCUUGUCCUACUGCAGGAACUAAUUCAACAGAUGGCUAAUGUCCAAUACACUGAAAACAUGACGGAGGAUCAAUUGGAUGCAAUGGCUGGAAGUGAUACACUCCGUUAUCAGGCAACAUCAUUUGGCAUGACAAGGAAUAACAAGGCACUAAUGAAGUCCACGAACAGACUCAGAGAUUCUUUAUUCGCAAAGGAAGAACCCAAAUUGGCCAUUCCCCUUUUGCUGCUGAUAGCUCAGCAUCGUUCUGUGGUUGUUAUCAAAGCAGAUGUGCCUUAUAUAAAAAUGGUCUGUGAACAGUUUGAUAGAUGCCAUGGGACCCUUCUGCAGUAUGUGGAAUUUCUGUGUAGUGCGGUGACACCUACGUCAAGUUAUGCUUUACUUAUUCCCACUCUUGAUGAACUUGUGCAUCAAUAUCAUCUUGAUCCCGAGGUCGCCUUUUUGAUUUAUCGGCCAGUAAUGAGACUCUUCAAGUGUCAGAAUAGUUCCAGUUCCUUCUGGCCUUUAUUGAGUAAGGAAAAAGAGGACCCUGCGAGUGCUGACAAGGAGUCUGAAGCUUCAGAUUUGUUUUCUACAUUGGCUCUGGAUCUUGGAUCUGCUCGCAAACCUAUCUCAUGGCUAAAUCUCCUUGACACUGUAAAGACAAUGCUGCCUCCAAAAGCAUGGAAUAGCUUGUCUCCCGAUUUGUAUGCUACUUUCUGGGGACUUACAUUGUAUGAUCUCCACGUACCGAGAAAUCGUUAUGAAUCUGAAAUUGCGAAGCUGCAUGGAUCUCUUAAAGCUCUUGAAGAACUUUCAGAUAAUUCUAGUUCUGCAAUUGCUAAGAGGAAAAAAGAUAAGGAAAGAAUUCAAGAGUCUCUUGAUCGAUUAACUACAGAACUUCAGAAGCAUGAAGAACAUGUCGAGUCUGUACGACGUCGACUUGCUCAUGAAAAGGAUACAUGGCUGAGUUCAUGCCCAGAUACCUUAAAAAUCAACAUGGAAUUUCUGCAGCGUUGUAUAUUUCCUCGCUGCACGUUCAGUAUGCCAGAUGCUGUAUACUGCGCCAAUUUUGUUAAUACACUUCAUUCCUUAGGAACACCAUUCUUCAACACUGUAAAUCACAUUGAUGUUUUGAUAUGCAAAACAUUACAACCGAUGAUAUGCUGCUGUACUGAGUAUGAAGUGGGUCGACUUGGAAGGUUCUUAUUUGAGACACUGAAAACUGCUUAUCAUUGGAAGAGUGAUGAAUCAAUAUAUGAGAGGGAGUGUGGGAACAUGCCAGGAUUUGCUGUCUAUUAUAGAUAUCCGAACAGCCAGCGUGUCACCUAUGGUCAAUUUAUCAAGGUACAUUGGAAAUGGAGCCAACGGAUCACUAAGCUACUCAUUCAGUGCUUGGAAUCAACUGAGUAUAUGGAAAUUCGGAAUGCCCUCAUCAUGCUAACUAAGAUAUCAAGUGUUUUUCCUGUUACUCGUAAGACUGGCAUCAAUCUUGAAAAGCGGGUGGCCAAAAUAAAAAGUGAUGAAAGAGAGGAUCUUAAAGUUUUAGCAACUGGUGUUGGUGCAGCAUUGGCUGCUAGAAAGCCAUCAUGGGUUACAGAUGAGGAAUUUGGCAUGGGUUAUCUAGAUAUAAAGGCUGCUCCAGCCCCUGCUUCCAGGUCAUUGUCAUCUAAUGCUAACACCUUGCAAAAUGGGGCUGUUUCACACGCCGAUCAAAUGGGGAGCAGAACUGUUUCUGUUGGAAACUUGCUUUCGGAUUCUGGGAAUCACGGCAGAGAUUCUAGAAGAACAGAUGUUGACAAUCUAAAACAGGUGGACGAAUCAGCAAACAGACAAUCGGAAGAGAACUCAAAAGCUAAAGAACCUGAGACAAGGCCUGUGGUGAAAAGGUCUUCAGCAGCUGGAUCCCUUGAUAAGCCGGCGAAGACAGAUCCUGCUAAAGAAGAUGAUAAACCAAUAAAAAAUGUUGGCAGAGCUUCAGGAAAUGCUACCUCUACUGCUUCUGCUAAAGUGACUAACCCAUCCACUAGAUCUUCAGACUUCCAUUCUGAAACAAAAGUGGAGGUCACAAAUUCAAAAUCUUCUGAUUCAAAGAUUCAUGGAGGGAAAGAUGAUGGGAUGGAAUACUCUGAUGUGAAACAAUCAUCUUCUAGGUCUACACAUUCUCCUAGGCAUGAGAAUCUUAUUGCAACUUCUAAGUCUACUGAGAAAUCUCAAAAAAGAACCAGUCCUGCUGACGACCUUGAACGACUAAAUAAACGCCGCAAGAGUGACAUCGAUUCAAGAGAGACGGACAGUGGUGAGGUUCGAUUAUCUGAAAGGGAGAGGUCAAAUGAUUUGCGAGCUACGGAUAAAAUUCACAUGGCAGCAUCUGAGAAAUCAGGCUCUGAUGAACAGGUCAGUAGCAGGGUUACAGAUAGGGCAGUGGAUAAAUCAAAAGAAAAGAGCAGUGAGAGAUAUGAUAGGGAUCAUCGGGAAAGAGUAGAGCGCCCUGACAAGUCACGGAGCGAUGAUUUUUUAUCUGAAAAAUUGAGAGACAGGUCACUGGAAAGGCAUGGAAGAGAGCGUUCGGUUGAAAGAGUACAAGAAAGGGGUGCGGACAGGAACUUUGAUAGACUGGCCAAGGAUGAUAGGAAUAAAGAUGACAGAGGCAAAGUAAGGUAUAAUGAAGCAUCUGUUGAGAAAUCUCAUGGAGAUGAAAAAUUUCAUGGGCAAAAUUUGCCUCCACCUCCACCUCUGCCACCUCAUGUGAUCCCCCAAUCUGUUAGUGCCAGCAGCAGGAGAGAUGAUGAUACUGAUAGGCGAUUUGGAAAUGCAAGACAUACACAAAAGCUUUCACCUAGGCAUGAUGAGAGAGAAAAGAGAAGAUCUGAAGAGAAUGCUUCAGUAUUACAAGAUGACACAAAGCGGAGACGAGACGACGAAUUUCGAGAUAGAAAGCGCGAUGAGCGUGAUGCAACAUCAAUAAAGAUGGAUGAGAGGGAGAGGGAGAAAACAAACGCUAACAAGGAAGAAGUCGAUUUAAAUGCUACUAAGAGACGGAAACUCAAAAGGGAGCAUAUGACAUCAGAACCUGGAGAGUAUUUACCAUCCGCACCCUCACCUGCUCCCAUGCCAGUUAGUCUACCUCAGACUCAUGAUGUAAGAGACAGGGUUGACCGCAAGGGGGCUAUAGUGCAACGUCCAAAUUAUGUUGAGGAGCCCGGCCUACGGGUCCACAGCAAAGAAGCAGCCAACAAAACCCGCCGUGAUGCUGAUCCAAUAUAUGAUAGAGAGUGGGAAGAUGACAAGAGACAGAGAGCUGAACCAAAGAGGCGGCAUCGCAAGUAAAUCAAUCAUAUUCAGGAAUUGAAGCUUGCUAAUUGGAAGGGGAAAAAUUAAAAGACCCCUAGUGUAUGUUUCUGCAUCCUGGCAGUGGCUGCCUAGUUUUUUAAUGUUUGAUUAUUUCAAGGAAAAUACUUCCUGCUAGCUUCAUGGGCUUAAAUUUAAUUUUCCCUUAAAAACACCGGUAUUAUGUACAUUUCCGUGCAAAUUCCAUAUGGAUAAUGUUGAAUUUGUGGAUGUAACAUUUUUGCUUUAUUCACUU